UAACACUACUUACAAAAUAUGUCAAAGAGAUGGAAAAAAACAAUGUGAGUGAUAAUGUGAAAAUAUGGAGUGUAAAAGUUGAAAUACUGAAGAAAAAUAUAAUUGAAUGCAUAUUAGAUAGAGAUAGUGUAUUUUUCGAUCUUUGAAAAUUAAAUAAUGACUCAUGUCGAAAAACGUCAGACUCGCCCAGGUAAAGAGUCCAUCCACUCAGGGCACUUUAUGGUCUCACAUUUUGAGGCUGAAGAACAGGAUGAAUAUGAUGACCUUGCUGUGCCUAUCCCUGAAGAGGAGCAAAAUGUUCAGAAGGAAUCUGCAAUUGCGACUUAUAUUUUGCCCGUGCCUACCGAGAUAUUUCAACGGUCUGAUAAAGAAGACAGCAAACAACAUCAACAACUUUCUAUUGAAAUCUCGCUUACUAAACUAUUCAAAUGUAUGACUUUGGCGUAUCGACAAAAACUAACAUCUCCAAAAUGGAAUCGUUUCAAAGGUAUAAAACUCAGGUGGAAGGACAAAAUAAGAUUGAACAACGUCAUAUGGAGAUGCUGGCACAUGCAAUUCAUAAAGAAACAAAAUACAUUAGUGUGCCAAUUUGCAUCCCCGUUGGAUGUGGAUACGCACGUCAAACCAGAGACAACAAUAUUAGAAGGAAAAUAUUGGAAACGAAGAGCUGAAGCAGUAAUAGCAGAAUAUAAAAAAUGGCGCAUGUUUCACAUUAUGAGGCUCCUAGGCAAGGGGGACACCUCCGUCCAAGACUCGAUGUCGGACAUGGACACGCUGGAGUCCCAGUGCAGCGACUUCGCGGGCACCAUGCUCACGGACGAGGACUACCUCAACUUCAUGAGUGACACGCUCUUCUCCACCAUCACGAGCCACCAACCGUUCGCUUUCCCCGAUUGCAGGGAGAUCGCAAGAGGUGCAAGCUUAGCUGAUUUUAUUCAACCAAGCUUAGGUCCUCUGCAGCCAAAUCUUGAUGAUUUUAUGGACACAUUGGAACCACUCCAAGAUCUUCUAUUGACUCCUCGCUUGCCGCCCGUGCCCGAAGAGACGACGAUUCCUUCAGAAGAUACUUUGUACAGGAGUGCAAUGUCAGUAGAUUCUUAUAACACACAGAACUAUAUUGCUGGCAAUCAAAAUACUACAACAGUCACAAUGCCUACCAGUCAGAUGACUAUUCAUGGUACUAGUAAUAACACUCAAAUAAUGACGAUGGCCGAGCAGUCUAAAAAUGAGCAACUGCGGAUGUACGACAGUAAUCGUCUGUUCACUCAGACGGAGCUGUCCAAUAAUAUGCUGGGCACGCAGGAGUUGUUGCCGUCGUACCCGCAAAAUGCCUACGAGCAACAAACGGCGCAGGCCGAGCAGCUUCACGGCGCCGUGUACGCGGGCAAGGCGCCGCGCAUGCAGUACGUCAACACGCAAAAUAAAAUAAUCACUCCACAGGAAACAUAUUCUAAGUAUAGCACCGCGCUUCCCCCCUCGCAGACCGCGCCUGAAACGGUUUCCCUGCUGCAACAGCCUCUACAGAAUUCAAAGUAUGCAGUGGUGAUCCAAGGACGGAGUGGGUACAGUCGGGAGAAACCUCGAUCUCGACUGAGCCAUUACUCGAAUCAGUUGCCGGGCAACCAUUAUCAGAAUUACUCGCAGCCCAUACAGAGUCCCGGCCAUGUGUCGCAGCAGAGCUUCGACGGGCGAUCGGUGGUGCGUCAGUCGUCGCCCCAACUGCAGUACUUGCAGACAAGCCCUGUCGAGUAUAAAGCGAAGUCCUCACCGACCACCGUGCGCUCGUUCAAACUGCCCUCGCCACCGCUGGUCCCUGUCACAUCGCAACAGCAGGUGCAGGUGUCGGUGGGGGUUGUAAACGUAGCGAGCGGCGUGGGCGGCGUGAGCGCGGGUAGCGCGGCCGUGCGUAAGCUGGAGCAGUACCGCUCGCACAGCUUGCCGCUGGGCGCGCAGCUCGGCGCGGACUGGGCCGUGAGCGCGCCCACGCCCACGCACGCGCACGACGCGCCCAGUACGCACUCCGCGCGGGCGCGUGAGACGAAUCCUGGGACGUUACGCAUUCGGUCGCGGUCGACGUCAGGCGGCGCGGGAGCCGAGGGCGGCUCGGCGGGCGGCGCGGCGAGUGUGCGCCGCCCGCCGCCACUCACCAGCGUGGCGUCCGAGCCCACGCUGCCGCAGGCGAGCGUUAUGCUCGCGCAGCUGCUGUCUGCGCAACAUUCUCAGAGUUUGUACAAGUUGAACAGCAGCUUAGAGGAAGGCGUGGGUGUGAGCGAUCCCACGAAGUCCCCGAUCCUGAAGGGACAGCCGUCACCCAUCGGUAGUGACAUCAUAUCGCCACAUCACUCGCGCGCGCAGUCGCUGUCGCCGCCGGGCUCGCCGGGUUCGGAGCGCGCGGGCUCGCCGCGGGACGGGCGCGAGGGACGCGAGGCGCGGCGCACGCACCUGCACGCGGAGCAGAAGCGCCGCUACAACAUCAAGAACGGCUUCGACACGCUGCAGGCGCUCAUCCCGCACCUCAACACUAACCCCGCUGCCAAGAUAAGUAAAGCUGCCAUGUUACAAAAAGGAGCGGAAUACAUAAAGCAGUUGAAAGCGGAAAGGAAUCAAAUCAAAGAAGAAAUGGAGAGCCUGCGGCAACAGAUUGAAUGCUUAAAUAAUUCCAUAUCCAACUGCCACUCGCUGCUGCCGGCGACGGGCGCGCCGGUAUCGCGCGGGCGCGCGGGCCGCCUGCGCGAGAUGUUCGCUGCGCACGUGGCCUCGCGCACCGCGCUCAACUGGAAGUAUUGGCUCUUCAGCGUGGUGAGCGCAGCGCUGGUGGAGUCGUUCAGCGCGUGCGUGUCGUGCAGCAGCGCGGCAGACCUCGUGCGCACCACGCUGCUGUGGGCCGAGCAGCACUGCUCGCUCGUCGAGAUGCGCCCAGCGGUUUUAAAUUCACUAAGGGUACUUUGCACCACGACGGACAUACUCACGAGUCCGGAGCGGCUCGCAGACGAGGCGCGCGCCGCGGCCGCGUCCGCCGGGGUCAAGCGUGAGCCUACGUAACGCUGUCUGCCACCGCCCAUCGCCUUACAUCAUACCACCCCAUAACCAAGUGAUACCACCCCGAUACUUCACACAUUAUCUUGAUUCCCCUCAAGAAUCAUUUCUAAUAAUAGUGCAUUACUGUCCAGGCCGGAAAUAGAGCAAUUAACUGCUGAGUAAUAUUGAAAAGACGAGGCGAAGCCGAGAAGCGAGCUGAAGGGAUUUUAAACUAAACGAGGCCGUAAAUUGCAAUUUCGGCCGAUACUUGUAUCGUACUUUUCUCUCAUUUGCGAGGAAACAAUAAGUAAAUGAAUUUAAGAAAAAAGCUACUUCGCAGUUGACUUUUUUUAAUGAGGAGGCAAUUUCCGAGCAAGUGUGAGAAAAAUAAAUUGCAUCCACCGCGGUUCGAAUUUCAUUACAUUUUUAUUUUUAUCGAUCAUGAAAACGGAAUCAGAGUGUUACUUAAGCCUUAUGCAUACAACAGUUUAUUGAACCGUACAAAACACUUUGUUCUUACCUUGUUUGAAUAUACUCGAGCAUUGUCUCGACUAUCUUGUAAAGCGUGUGUACUUUAAUCUCCUUUAUCUUGAAUGUUUACAAGGUCGCAUGUUUCCGUUUUCUAUGUGUCCUGACGGUUCGUACUUUGUGUACCAUUCAAAACAAAUAUGCCACUUUAAAUGGGUUUUCUGUUUAUCUAGUUAUAAUAUAUUUUAUGGCUUAAAACAGUAAAGAGUUCUAGGGAGUAAAGUAAGAAAAAUAAUUGCAAGGUGCAAAUUUUUCUAGAUGUAUAAAAUACACUAAACGCCGUAACAAAAGUAAAGAAAAAGGUGUCAAAGCAUUCGUAUUGUGAAUAUUGUGUUGAUUAUAAUAAAAAGAAAUCUUAAGCUGUGUAUUCACUAAGAAACAAAUUGUUUUUUAUGAACACUGGUUAAGAAAUAAAACAAAUUAAUAUGGUUCUGAAACAGCUGAAACUGUGGCGGCAAUCACUAUGGGUAAUUUACUAUGCUCACUUCAGUUUCGCAACCGAUGCUUAUGGGUAUAGAUUUUACCUUGACGGUUGUGUUGUUAAAAAUAUGUUUUUUUUUUUUAAAGAUUAUUAGCCAUGCUAAUCAUGACUAAUAUUCCCCUUUCUCCUCCAACUAAGCGCAAAGCUGUGUUAGGAGUAGGUACGACAAUAGUGCAACGGGUGGGUUUUGAACCGCCAACCUUUCGGAAUACAGCCCGCUCCUCAAUCGUUGAGUUAUUGAGGCUAGCUCUGAAGUCAUAAGAUGGCGAAAACAUUUUCCUUUAUAAUUUUCAUUCCAUAUUUUGUUUUAUUUUAUUCCAUACUUUAUUCGCAAGUUGUUUGUCAGUGAAUGCAUGGCUGUAGCUGCCUGCCCGUUGUGGAGUGGAGCGGAGACCACGUGCUUCGGCCAAUUGAGAGAUGCCGUGCCAAAAUUAUCACGUCAUCCCUCAUCCCUUAAUAAUCUGAUUCGUCUUGUCACAUUGUUUAAAUUGAUCAGAAUAUUUAGAAUUAACAGAUAUUUAUCAGAAUUAAUAAAAUUUCUUUAUUAAAGUGAGUUUGAUAAAAUGGAUAUUUAACUCAUUCGAUAUCUUUUGGCUGAAUAAAAGAUAUUUAUUCAUAAUAAAAGAUAUUAUUCAUUCAGAUUUCAAUCACCUUCCGAUACUAAAAACGAAUACUUCGGUGUUCAGAUCGUGAUUUAGAUGUUGCGAUAGCAAUCACGCUCUUAUUAGAAUUUAUAUUACCGUUGGUUUGUUUUUUGAUUUAAUCUCUCUAUAAUCCUCUACUCGUCGUGACCUGUGUUCCCGCGCAAGUUUUUAGACCUCAAUUGUUCGAUAAAAAUUGGAAUAUAUUGUUUAUUUCAAGUUUCAACUCAAUCUGCUGACCUCAUCCCCGCUCCGCUUUAAUGGACAGGCAGUCUUAAAAUCGAAUAUCGGGGUUAAGGGAUAUAGUUUUAUAUGAUACAGUAAAAAUUAAAUGAAUAUUUUCAAGUGCCCUCUGAUAAGGUAUAUUUACUUUGUACCUAAAUCAAGUAAUACUCAAGUUAAAGAGGCGUUAUCACAGUGGCGGUGUAACAGGAUUCAGUCCUAACGUAAUGUGCAAUUUAUUGGUGUUCACAACUUUAUCUUCUUAGUCAAGUUACGCACAAAUCUUUUGAUUAUGAUUUCGACGGGUUUUGGUGGAGCUUAAAUAUUCCAUAGUCCAAUUUUAACGUUCUAAUGCUAUACCACAUUUCAUUUGUAAAUAUGACAAGCUCAAUUUUAUGAACGAAUUAACGAAUCUUUAUUUUGCAAUUUUUGGAAAUAGUUAUGAUGUAAUAUUAUAGUAAUGUGAUUGUAAAAAUGUAAAUCUAAUGAAUAAACGUAUAUCAGUGGCUUAGUAUAGUGCCUUUUAUACAACUCUUGGUACUAGUUAAUAUACAACUUGUAAUGUUUCUAUUCUACCAAAGAUUAUAAUGUUCAACCCGAAUCAUCACUUGCUAGAGACUUAACGUUCCAUGUGAUAUUGUAGACCUGUUGUACGUACUCGUCAGCUGCGAGCCGUCCCGUUUUUGCACGUGAAUACCAAUGUAGUCAAUAAGCAAAAAGAGAAUUUAUUUUAUCGAUUGUCGAAGUCGAGAUUUAUUUUAGUGUCUUAGCACACGGCAAGAUUUUUACGUGAAGUCGAAGCGCGUCAGAGGCAACUACAUCUUAGUUCUGUUCUGUUUAACAGUGCAGACACUCGCGAUGGAAUUCACAGCGCUGUUUAGGUGCGUUCGUAAAACGCGUGAUAACCUCGCCGUGUGCAAAGGCCCUUAGAGUUACUGUAAGUAUAUUUACGAAAGUAAGGUACUUUAAGUAAAUAUUUUUAUAUUGUUUGUGUCGUGACGCAAAUAUUUUUAUAUAAACUGUAUAAAUCGGUGCCAACGUAAAUCUUGUUGUAAUUUGUUAUGUAGUGAUAUAAUUUUAUGAUGAAUCGUUGAGUCUGGUAGCGUCGUCAGCACGCGCGCCCGCAAGCGAGCUUUAAUGAGUUAUUUGCAAAUUGUUGUUCUAUUGGAAAUACAGUUUGGAAUGAAUUUU